ACGCGCUGUACUAGAGUAUUGGGAGCAGGUCUGGCUCGAGGUGUGGACCAGCCACGCAUCUCUAUACCGGGCUAUAUGGACGUCUGCUUUUAUAUUCUUCUGUCUUUUAUAUCGUGUGUAUUUUAACAAGAAAGUCGCAUAAAUUGGAUAACGGUGCACGGAUAGAAGGCAAGAGCUCUACGGCAUUGAAAGUUUCCAGGUAGGGCUGGCUGGCAGCAGUGGGACUGGGACUUGUGUGUGAAGGCAGUCUGCUGGAGUAGUGAGAGAGAGUGCUGGACUGGAUGCCCCUCCUGUCUGCUCUGCAGUGGAUUAAUAUUAUCCAGGUAUGGGAGGGAGCUAGGGUGGCCUGUCGUGAGUUCACUGUGCUGCAACACCUGACUGACAGAACAGAGGGGACACUGGGUAGGAGGAUCCCACAUCUAUCUGUGGAACAGUGCCAACUCUGCAGAACCUCAGAAUCUCGGAAUCUAGGGACACACCCCAUCAACCCCAUCAAGGGCUCUAGGUCACCCUGUCUUGAAACGGUGCUACUCAGUGCUACCCUCCUCUGCCACCUCAGUCUGUCUCUGUCUCUCAUUCAUGCCCACCUCAGACCUCCUCAGGCCCUGGACACACCAGACGGGAGAGUUGAGACUGACUGAUAGACAAACUGACUGAUAGACAGACUGAUAGACAGACAGAGGGGUGGAGCAUCAGAAGUGUACCUAACCGAGGACGACGGACAGACCCACUGUCUGUUUUCUCCUCCUCAGUGAAUGGUGCAGUUUCUCACCAUGACUCGGAUGGGAUCACCCCAAUGCUGAAUCUUUACUAUUCUCUUCAACUCAAGGGCUACUAGACUUUUGGGUGAACAUUAAAGUACUAGUCCUCGCUAAGACAUUGGAUUUAAGUUUGCAAAGUAAAAACAGAGGACUUGAAUUAGUGACGCAGCAGACCUCAGUUGAAGCCUGAGGGACUAUCGAUGAGCCUGUGACUGUCGCCAUGACAGCCUCUGACAGCAGCUUCCAGUACCGUGCACUCUUCGAGUACAAACGGGAGCAUGGUGAUGACAUCAGCCUCCAUCCAGGGGACAUCCUGACGGUCCUGAAGGCCUCUCUGAAGGACUACCAGGAAGGGGAUGAACACCGCAGCCCCAAGGGAUGGCUGCACGGCACCAACGAGCGGACCAAAGAGAAGGGUAACUUCCCCGGGACGUUUGUGGAGUACACUGGGGUGUUGAGGCAGGGGCUGCCCGCCACCAAGCCGUGGCCCAGAGCCGUUCUCCCAACCCCUGGGGGAACACAGAGCAGCGUGGGGCCCGGACCUCAGCCUACAGGGGCCGCUGCAGCAGGAGGUGGGGGGCCAAGGGAGGCCCCAGAGGUGUGUACUCUGCCUGACCAGGUUCCUGUGGCGCUACACAGGCUGAUAGAAGCUCUGGAGAGACAAGGGUUGGAGAGUGAGCCUCUGUACCGGACCACCCCAGCCUCCACCGGACCCCCAGAACUGAGACAGGCUCUAGACACAGACCCAGCGUCAGUGGAUGUGGACCAGUAUGAUCUGGUGGUGUUGUCUGAUAGUCUGAGGGGUUUCCUUCAGGACCUGCCCUCCCCCAUCAUCCCAGCCGUGGUCUACAGUGAACUGAUCUACACCGCCCAAGAGACUCAGAGCGUGGAGGAGUGUGGCGAGAACCUGAAGAAGAUCCUAGAGUCCCCCAGCGUCCCCCAGGCCAACCACCAGCUCCUGGUGCACCUCACCAGACACUUGGUCAGGGUGGCCCAGAGUGGGGCUCAGAACCAGGCCAGCCCCAGGCUUCUAGGCCAGACCUUCAGUGAGGCCAUCUUCAAACACUCCCACUUCUGUGCGGACGUAAACCGAGAACACCACGUGAAGAUCAUGGAGGCCCUGAUUGCAGCCGGGGGACUGGUGGAGAUGCAGGCAGCCCCAGCUCUUCCUCCCAAGCCGGCCAAGCCCAUGACUUCAGUGAGCAGCAGCAACAGUGUGAAGGAAGGGGCUGAGGGAUCGCUACAGGAAGCAGAGUGGUACUGGGGAGACAUAUCAAGGGAAGAGGUGAAUGAUAAGCUGAGAGACAUGCCUGAUGGGACCUUCCUAGUUCGGGACGCCUCCACCAAAAUGCAGGGUGACUACACACUAACACUGAGGAAAGGGGGCAACAACAAGUUAAUCAAGAUCUACCACCGGGAUGGGAAGUACGGUUUCUCAGACCCCCUGACGUUUGGUUCUGUUGUGGAGCUGAUUAAUCACUAUAGACAUGAAUCCCUGGCCCAGUACAACACCAAGCUAGACGUCAAACUCAUGUUCCCCAUCUCACACUACCAGCAGGACCAGCUGGUGAAAGAGGACAACAUCGACGCGGUGGGGAAGAAACUCCAAGAAUAUCACAAUCAAUACCAGGAGAAGAGCAAGGAGUAUGACCGGCUUUAUGAGGACUACACCAAGACUUCACAGGAGAUUCAGAUGAAGAGGACGGCCAUCGAGGCCUUCAACGAGACCAUCAAGAUCUUUGAGGAGCAGUGUCACACACAGGAACGCUACAGCAAGGACUACAUGGAGCGCUUCCGCCGGGAGGGCAACGACAAGGAGAUUGAGAGGAUCAUGAUGAACUAUGAGAAGCUAAAGUCUCGUCUGGGUGAGAUCCAUGACAGUAAGAUUAGUCUGGAGCAGGACCUGAAGACCCAGGCUCUGGACAACAGAGAGACUGACAAGAAGAUGAACAGCCUCAAACCUGACCUCAUCCAGCUCCGCAAAAUCAGGGACCAGUACCUGGUCUGGCUUAAUCACAAAGGAGUGCGUCAGAAACGAAUUAAUGAGUGGCUGGGGAUCAAGAACGAGAACACAGAUGAAGGGUACUUUGUCAGUACAGAGGAGGAUGACAACCUGCCACACUAUGAUGAAAAGACCUGGUUUGUAGGAGACCUGAACAGAACCCAGUCUGAAGACCUCCUACUGGGCAAACCUGACGGAGCUUUCCUCAUUAGAGAGAGUAGCAAGAAAGGCUGCUAUGCAUGCUCCGUAGUUGUGGAGGGUGAGGUGAAGCACUGUGUGAUUUUCAGCACACCGAAGGGCUAUGGCUUCGCUGAACCUUACAACCUGUACAGCUCUCUGAAAGACCUGGUCCUGCACUACCACCAGACCUCCCUGGUCCAGCACAACGACUCCCUCAACGUCCGCCUGGCCUACCCUGUCUACACACAGAUGCCCUCCUCCUCCGGCCCUUCCCCACGGAGAUGAGCCCCCCCCCAGAGCCCCAACAGACUACCUACCCUACCUACCCAGCCCCAGGAGGGAUGAGGGGACUGGGGGAUGGGGUUGGGGGGUACAGGGGUCAGCCUCAUAAUCCAAACUAGGACCCAGAACCUGAGAAAAACACCUGAGAGAGGGAAAUAAAGCAACAUAAAGACUUGCUGCAACACACACGUCAGCCACCUUGGAGUUAUAUAUAUUUUUACUAGAACAAUUGGAGGGCAUUCUUUGUAAAGACUGCUUGAUUUGCACAAGGAAGUUUUAAAUGUUUGUGAAUGUGAAAAAACGGAAGGAAAGGAGAAGAGCCGAGUUUCAGGUGACCUAAACUCCAGCCGGGACUCUUUUACAGAAGAUCAUCACCAUGAAAACAUCCCAUUCUACGGCUUGGUUUCCCGUCGUCCGUCUGUUGCCCAAAUGAUUAUUUUAUUUUAUUUCAUUCCUUUUUCUUUUUUUGCAGAGUUUGUUUUCUUAAUUUUUUUCAUUUGGACAAUUUAUUUUGUUUACUGCUUAUUUGCUAAGUGCAAGAGAUGAUGAUGAUGAUGAUGAUGAUGAUGAUGAUGAUGAUGAUGUCGAGUGUUCUCUGUCCCUCUCCGUAUGAGAAGCAAAAAUAAUGUAGCAUAACAAAUGAAGGACAGUUGUUCAGAGUGUUCCUCCAUAUAGACUGCUGCUGAAGGGUUGGGGGGAGGGGAUGGGAGGAGAGGAGAGGAGAGGAGAGGAGAGGAGAGGAGAGGAGAGGAGAGAGAAUGGGGAGGAUGAUAGAAGCAGACAGUGGAAGAGGGGGAAGAGUCGAAAGGGGCCACAUGCGGGAGUAAAAAAAGGUUUUGUAGUCUUAAAAGAAAAAAGCUUGCUUUUAUAUUAAGCAGAGAUGGAGAGUGAGUUUGUUUUCUUGCUUGGCUGGAUCCUAUUUCCUUUGACACAUUGUAAGUUACGGUAACGUUACAAUCACGAUGUUACAGUCCGUACAGAGACCAAAGUUGGCGUGAGGAGAGAAAAGUCCACCAUUGUGUUUUUAUUAGUCUGUAUGAAUGGAGAAGAGACAAUAGAGUGCUUGCUUUGUUUGAUACCACACAUACAGCAGAGUUUUGGGCCAGUGUUCGUCCACUAUACUGAAAGGUUUGGAUUAAACCAAAUGGUACGCACAGACAGAGUUGGUCGAUGGGUUUGACCGUCUGGAUUCACGUCGAGUUAGAAGCACUUAUCUAAGAGGAAAGCCCAGGCAAGGACGCACCGUACGGUCUGACACCAGAAACAAACAACCUUAGAACCUGAAAGACGUUUUAUGUGUGGUUUUAAAAUAAGAAAUGGUGUAUGUAUGUGCUAAAGUCUGUUUAAAACAAACAGGGACUUGUUGUUUUGGUUCCAGAACAUUUGAGAUAAUAAGCUUUGAUCUGGAAGCAGGUAGGGGCGGUGGGUUCCAAGCUGACGACACAUGCUUUACGUGAUGAUGAGGACGAUUAAAACUUGAAGAACGUGCAAUCCAACAUUGUAUUAGGAUUAUGUAGGUUAGCAGUCACCCGGAGAGCUGAACUAACCCAGCUCCCAGACAGACUCACAGGACAGAUAAUCAAAGUGCACAGUGAAGCUUUUGAAGAGCGAAUUAUUUUAAAAACAUAAAAUAUUUUUGGGUGUGUUUCACUCAAACUUCAUACCCGGUGCUUGACUUUAUAACCAGUGGAAACAUUUUUAAAAAAUAAAUAAAAAGAAAACCAUUAUAACAUUGUACAAUAAACAUUGACAAAAUGACAAACAAAACCACAAUCUGCAAUUUCCAGUAUAUUCAGUCACCUCUACUUCCUGAUAUGAAACUUUCUAUUCUGAUUGGCUGUUGUUGUUUGUCUACUGUUUUACCGUUGGCUUUCCUUGCUGCCUAUCCAAUGAGCCAUCUCUGAGACAGACAAUGGGCAAGUGUGGGGGGGGUCCUGUCUCUCCCCGACAGUUGUCCCCUCUCUGACUGUGUUAACCUCAGGCCCUAUUAGAAGGCCUUGUUGACAGGAGUGGGUAGUGCAGCAGCGGGAGGGUUGAUUUUGUUCUCAGGGUCACUAAGACAGCUGUUGUAAAUGGGACAAGCUCAGCCCUUGUUUACAACUAUGAGGAGCAAGCCCCCUCCAAAUUUCUGCCUCUUACUGUGCUCUAUUGGGGUAAAGACACCACUCCAGCAGCAACACUGUGAGUGUAGUAAGGCCCACUACCAAAUUUGAUCGAACAGAUAGUUACACAUAAAAAUGUUUUUUCAAAUAAGUAGCUCUUGUCACAUUUUGAAAACACACGCUCGUUACAAAGUCAGACUGCACCUGUCUAUCGUCUGCAAGGUCUUUACUGAACUACCAGUGUAAACCAGUAUGGUGAAGGGGUCACACCAGUGAGAACCAGUAUGGUGAAGGGGUCACACCAGUGAGAACCAGUAUGGUGAAGGGGUCACACCAGUGAGAACCAGUAUGAUGAAGGGGUCACACCAGUGAGAACCAGUAUGGUGAAGGGGUCACACCAGUGACAACCAGUAUGGUGAAGGGGUCACACCAGUGACAACCAGUAUGGUGAAGGGGUCACACCAGUGAGAACCAGUAUGGUGAAGGGGUCACACCAGUGUAAACCAGUAUGGUGAAGGGGUCACACCAGUGACAACCAGUAUAGUGAAGGGGUCACACCAGUGUAAACCAGUAUGGUGAAGGGGUCACACCAGUGUAAACCAGUAUGGUGAAGGGGUCACACCAGUGACAACCAGUAUGGUGAAGGGGUCACACCAGUGAGAACCAGUACACUCUUAAAAAGAAAGGUGCUAUCUAGAACCUAAAAGGGUUCUUCGGUUUUCCCCAUAAGAGAACACUUUGAAGGACCCUAUUUGGUUCCAGGUAGAACCUUUUUGGUUCCAGGUAGAACCCUUUUGGUUCUAGGCUAACCCUUUUGGGUUCCAUGUAGAACACUUUCCACAGAGUGUUUUACAUAGAACCCAAAAGGGUUCUACCUUGAACCAAAAGGGGCUUAUCCUAUGAGGACAGCCGAAAAACCUUUUGGAACCCUUUUUUCUAAGAGUGUAUGGUGAAGGGGUCAAACUAAUGUAAUCCAGUAUGAUGAAGGGGUCAAACUAAUGUAAUCCAGUAUGAUGAAGGGGUCAAACUAAUGGAAACCAGUAUGGUGAAGGGGUCAAACUAAUGUAAUCCAGUAUGGUGAAGGGUUCACACCAGUGGAAACCAGUAUGGUGAAGGAGUCAAACUAAUGGAAACCAGUAUGGUGAAGGGGUCAAACUAAUGUAAUCCAGUAUGGUGAAGGGGUCAAACCCAUGUAAUCCAGUAUGAUGAAGGGCUCAAACCAAUGUAAUCCAGUAUGGUGAAGGGGUCAAACUAAUGGAAACCAGUAUGGUGAAGGGGUCAAACCAAUGGAAACCAGUAUGAUGAAGGGGUCAAACUAAUGGAAACCAGUAUGGUGAAGGGGUCAAACUAAUGGAAACCAGUAUGGUGAAGGGGUCAAACUAAUGGAAACCAGUAUGGUGAAGGGGUCACACCAGUGAGAACCAGUAUGGUGAAGGGGUCAAACCAAUGGAAACCAGUAUGAUGAAGGGGUCAAACUAAUGGAAACCAGUAUGGUGAAGGGGUCACACCAGUGGAAACCAGUAUGGUGAAGGGGUCAAACUAAUGGAAUCCAGUAUGGUGAAGGGGUCACACCAGUGGAAACCAGUAUGGUGAAGGGGUCAAACUAAUGGAAACCAGUAUGGUGAAGGGGUCAAACUAAUGUAAUCCAGUAUGGUGAAGGGGUCAAACCAAUGGAAACCAGUAUGAUGAAGGGGUCACACCAGUGGAAACCAGUAUGGUGAAGGGGUCACACCAGUGGAAACCAGUAUGGUGAAGGGGUCAAACCAAUGGAAACCAGUAUGAUGAAGGGGUCAAACUAAUGGAAACCAGUAUGGUGAAGGGGUCACACCAGUGGAAACCAGUAUGGUGAAGGGGUCAAACUAAUGGAAUCCAGUAUGGUGAAGGGGUCACACCAGUGGAAACCAGUAUGGUGAAGGGGUCAAACUAAUGGAAACCAGUAUGGUGAAGGGGUCAAACUAAUGGAAACCAGUAUGGUGAAGGGGUCAAACUAAUGGAAACCAGUAUGGUGAAGGGGUCAAACUAAUGGAAACCAGUAUGGUGAAGGGGUCAAACCAAUGGAAACCAGUAUGAUGAAGGGGUCACACCAGUGGAAACCAGUAUGGUGAAAGGGUCACACCAGUGGAAACCAGUAUGGUGAAGGGGUCAAACUAAUGGAAUCCAGUAUGGUGAAGGGGUCACACCAGUGGAAACCAGUAUGGUGAAGGGGUCAAACUAAUGGAAACCAGUAUGUUGAAGGGGUCAAACUAAUGGAAACCAGUAUGGUUGAGAGCGUUAGUGUAAGAACGAGGAGGAGCGUUAAGGCCAUCUAGCUUUGUGGUGGUGGAGUGUAACCAUCAUGUUGAAUAAAUGAAUGACUGAUGCAGCCUUGGUAGUAGCUAGUCCUCCCUCCCUGCUGAGUAUCUCCUCCACCACAGCACCUAACCUUUGAGCCAAUCACCUUUAUCUACCCUACAUCCCACCCCCUUCAAUGCCCUUGGAGUAGUGCCCUAAGAUAAGCCAGAGGAGCCACAGGAGGAGCUGAAAGCCCUUGAUAGGGAACACAUGCCUGGGGGGAGGGGAGAGGCAUGACACACUCCCUCUAAAGACUAGAGAGCCACUCCUAGGGACGGGGGUGAUAUGGUGUACUGGGGGAAUGAAGGGACUUAGAGUUUAUGUUGAAUGUACUACCGGAUCAGGCUGUUCUGGUAGAUGCACGUUUGUUUGUGUCUCGUCGUCCUUGUUUUUUGGCAAGGACCCUCAGGCAGGAUGCUAGGCUACCCUUUUGCUACAUAACAGUUUCAUAACAAAACCCAAUUUAAUAUCUAGACUGGUAAAACCAUGUUUGACAACACCCAGCCAGUAAGCUAGACCUGGUGUCUUUAAUUAUAAUGGUGUCUAUUUGGUUCUAAUGGUGUCUAUUCAUUAUAAUGGUGUCUAUAUGGUUCUAAUGGUAUCAAUUAAUUUUUAUGGUAUCUAUCUGGUUCUAAUGGUGUCUAUUCAUUAUAAUGGUGUCUAUCUGUUUCUAAUGGUGUCUAUUCAUUAUAAUGGUAUCUAUAUGUUUCUUAUGGUGUCUAUUCAUUAUAAUGGUAUCUAUCUGGUUCUAAUGGUGUCUAUUAAUUAUAAUGGUGUCCAUCUCCUGCUCAGUGGCCCUGCUUUGCUAGGUUUGUCCAUGAGGCUUUCCGUAGUUCUAGAGCCCCUGCGUAUCUUCACUUCAGUCUCCUCUCCUACCUUAUCCUCCACCAUGGUUUGAAGGUUGUUAUUUGGUUGACUUUUGGUUUGGUUUUUACUGGGAGCCUUAUAGGCCUCUGGCUCUAUUACUUGAACUGUUGCAUCGCUCACUGUUGAAUGUCUUUAUAAUGAAAUAUAUAUAUAAAUAUAUGAAAGAAAAUAUCUGUUUUGUUGUUCUAUGGCGAACAGGACUGGGUUGACUUUUAAAGAUAUAUAAUUAGACAUGUCUAUGUCACAGAAAUCAUAUGAAGCUUCUUUGCAAGGAGGGAAGGAAGGAGUUGCUCUGUGAACUUUCUCAGAUCAUGUUUGUUGAUGAGAGUUUGAUAUUGCACACAUCACUCUUUAGAGAAGGCAUAUUGCAUCUUAAAUGGUGCCCUAUUCCCUAUAUAGUCCACAACUUCUGGUCAAAAGUAGUGUUCUAGGGAAUACUGUCUCAUCUUAAGUCGCCAUUUUCUGCAGUAAGACAAAGCAUUUCUCAUACUCAUCUAUGAUGCUAAAUAUUUACUUUUAUUUCCUUCUUCUUGAUUUAGUCGUGUUGUUCCUCUAUAGUUUCCCUCUGUAUACUUCCCCCUGGCAUUGAGACCAAAGAUUUCAGUUGACUUCAUAUUUAGCCUUUAGAUAUUGAUAGUUUCGAAAGGGAUGUCUGUUUCCAUGUUUUAUAUUAUUUCCAUUGUAUUGCUUGCAAAAGAAUGCAGAAGUUAAUAUGGUACAGUAGCUAGCUAGCAUUUAGGUUGUCAGAGUGAGUGAGUGUCCCGUAUAGUUAGCUAGCAUCCCCCUCUUGGUGAUAAUGCUAAUUAUCAGUAACAGUAAUUAUCAUGAAGUAUGGUAAUAAUCAAUUAAUGGGGAUAGAUGUUCCUCUGUGAUAUUUGAGGUAUAGGAUCUAUACUAAAGGACAUUGAUUUGGCUGUCCUCACUAAGUAGUGUGGUUGAGGAUAGUUUGCCUCGCAGUCUUUUGUGUAUUUAAAUUAGACCUAUUGUUUUCUCCACUUUGAAGGCAAGGAGAGAUACAGGCAGAUUCAUUCGUAAGCCAGGGUUUUAUUUUGCUGGUUAACCAGGUUUCUCUCCACACUCGUGAUGUGAGUGGGUUCAUCGGUCCAUUUUACUAUGCGUGUCAUUGGUGUGAUUCCUCUUUUAGUUUUGUUAAGGUUGUAAAGACCUCUUAACUUCACCAAAAACA